AUGAUGCGAUUUCUAGUGCCACUAUUUUUGAUAGCAGCUACAUUAGUUCAAUGUUAUUUCUAUAAUAGUCUUCAGCAAAAACAAUAUCCGCAAGAUUUUGAAGAAUCAAGAAUUGUGGAUUUGACAAAUGAAGUGAAAUUCGAAAAUGUGAUGGCAAGAAAUCAAAAGCAACCAAUGUUUCUCAUUUUUUAUGGCCGAUAA